AUGACCAUAACGACCAUGGACGCCUCCGGCAAGGACCGCGUCUACGAAGACACCGGCCUGGGCCCCAGCACCAGUUCCCCCGACAUGGACGCCCGUGACCAGGGGCUCGCAGACCGCAUCGCAGAACAGAAAAUCGUCCGCAAACUAGACAUGCACAUCGUGCCCCUCGUGAUGCUCCUCUACCUAUUCAGCUUUCUCGACCGCGUCAACAUCGGUAACGCCCGCCUCUACAACCUCGAACGCGACCUCAACCUCCAAGGCAACCAAUUCCAAGUCGCCGUCUCAAUCCUCUUCGUAACCUACAUCAUCUUCGAGGUCCCCUCCAACCUCGUCCUUAAGCUCCUCACCCCGCGCCGCUGGAUCGCCUUCAUCACAGUCUCCUGGGGCAUCAUCGCCACCCUCACGGGGCUAGUAAACUCCUACGGCGCCCUCAUCGCCUGCCGCCUCCUCCUAGGCGUCGUCGAAGCAGGCCUCUUCCCGGGGUUAAACGUCUACCUCACCUUCUUCUACAGUAAGCACGAGCUCGCGCUGCGCGUGGGCUACCUCUUCGUCAGCGCUGCCAUCGCGGGCGGGUUAGGUGGUCUGUUGGCGUACGGGAUCGGGCACAUGGAGGGUGUCGCCGGGUUGAGCGGGUGGCGGUGGAUCAUGAUCAUUGAAGGCUUGCCGACGGUCGUGCUUGGUGUGGUGACGUAUUUCGCGUUGCCCAACGACGCGGGUAGCGCGUACUUCUUGAGCGAGGAGGAGAAGGCGGUGUUGGUGAGGCGGAGGGGGAGGGAGUACGGCAACACGAGCAGUGCGCAGGAGUUUAGUCGCGGGGAUAUGGUCAAGGCGUUUAUGGAUUGGAAGGUAUGGGUGUUUUGCGUUGCGCAAUUUGGGGCUGAUACGAUGCUCUACGGCUUCUCGACUUUCCUCCCGACCAUUAUAAAUGGCCUCGGAACGUGGACGGCGGCGCAGGUGCAGCUGCUGACUGUGCCGUGCUACUUUCUCGGUGCCGUAGUCUACAUGACCAUGGCUUUCCUGUCGGACCGCACACAAAAGCGCGGCCUGUUCUGUGUCAUCUUUGGGAGCAUCAGCGUCAUCGGUUACGGCGUGCUCAUAUCACCGACUUCGAAUGGGGUUCAUUACUUUGGAUGCUUCCUUGUCGCGGCGGGAUUGUACGUCGUGGUUGGGUUACCACUUGCUUGGGUGAGUUAUCACCCUCCUCUGCUGCUGUUCUGGUGUCAUCGACAUGACGUCGAGACUGACAAUUUUGGUGUUUCUUAUAGCUUCCGAACAACUCGCCGAGAUACGGCAAGCGGACGACUGCGAGUGGUAUGCAGCUCACCAUCGGCAACUGCUCCGGCGUCAUGUCGUCCUUCAUCUAGUGAGUCCUCCUCCCUUCUUAGACCCAUCGCACCACAUAAUCACCACCUUCACAUCAACAAAACUGACAGAAGGACCAUCCGCAGCCAAGCUGUCGAUAAGCCGCGCUAUAUCCGCGGUCACGCCGUGACGCUGAGCAUGGUCGGUAUGGCAACAUGCAUGUACGGCUUCAUGUGGUUCUGGUACUCGAGGGAGAACAAGCAGCGGCAGGGCGGUCGUCUGGAAAACAAGUACGUCGACCUCUCUGAUGACGAGCUGGCGGAGCUGGGCGAUGAGAGUCCGCGGUUCCGGUACACCAUCUAA